UUUGGAGAGAGAACUUACCCCAUGGGAGAGCACAUAUCUAUACGAGCUCCAUGAGCGAAGAAAUCGAAAAGAGUACGAGCGACAACUCCUAGAAGGCCGAGAAGCAACGGGGGGUGAAGUUCAGAACGGUGAAGAUGAUGGUGCGCUCAAUUUUCUAAUCCAUGAGGACAAGGAAAGUCUCGAAGAGGAGGGGAAUGAUACGGAAGUGGUCAUCAACCCCGGCGAGUCCGACGAGGAAGGUGACGAUGGUCUCGACAUAUGGCUGGAAAACAUGCUGGAGGAGCCAACUACUCCAAUAUACCGGCCAUCAUGCGUACGAUAUUGGCCAAAAGGGUAUGGUCCACGGGCUAAGUUGAAGGUCAAGAAGCGCCGGGCCAAAAGGCGACGCAAAACAAAGGCGCAAAAGGCGAGCCAAUGUUGUGGACCGUGCACUAGGAAGAGACGAGCUCAAAAGAAGGAGGCUAGAAGGCGGGGGCUCAACCAGAGGAUCCGUGAACUGGUGGGGAGUCACGGACUGAUGUCCUAUGCUGACACCGUGAGUCGAGCUCAGGAGGUCGAGAGCUGUCUCAUUCCAUUGGCUCAAGUUCCUUCUUUCUAUCAUGCCUCCCAGCCAUCCCAGGCCAUUGUCCAGCAUGCUCAGCCCCUCUCGUAUGUGCAGCCCAACUCUAGUUCGGGCAAGAGGAAAUCUGAUUAUCAGAACAGAAAGAAGGGCAAGAAGGGAAAUUUUGGCAGACGCGACGACCGACCCACCCAGGGUCAACUGCCGAGGUGCCCUAAGUGUGGCAGGUUCCACGCCGGAGAGUGCCUAGCAGACCAGCGAGCUUGUUACAAUUGCAACCGUCCGGGCCAUUAUGCCAGUGUCUGUCCUGAGCCCAAGAGGCAGCAGCA